CCCAAAAUUUGGUUUCAGUUUUCUUCAUCACCCAAUCAACAGCUUUCGGGUUUCUAAAAUAUCACAACAGUAAGGCGUUAAGCAACAAAACACUUGACAACUGACACUCGCUCUUACGUCAUCAGCCGCUCUUCCAUCUCCAUUUCUAACCUAGAGCUUCCUCCGCCAUUGAUUGUUCUUCAAGCUCCAGAUUACGCUCACUAUAUGUCACCAUCAAUCAGUCAGUUAAGGGUUAGAAACUGAGGAAACAAGGGGAGAUAUGAAUCUAUCAUCUAGUUUCAAGAUUCGUGGUUAUCAAAGUAUUAAUGGUGGAACAUUUGAGCAGUUGAAUUUGCAGUCAAGUUUUGGUUAUAGUUUUCUAAGCAAUCCAAGAUCCGUGUCAAACAUUUGCUCCCGAAAGAAACUGAUUGCUUCUAGUAAUCAUGGUUUUAAUUCUACUAAAAUUCAAGAACGUUUCAAUUCAGUUUGUAUACUUAAGAUAUCAAGGGGGACUUUUAAAACAGCUUGUCAGGGAAACGAUUCAAUCCCGUUUAUAAACGGUAAUGGAAGGGAUGUAGAAUCUGGCGAUACUAAAAAUGCGGAGAGUUCGAAAGAAGAAACGAAAAAUGAUUCAAAAGAAAAGGGAGAAGAAGCAGAAGCGGUAGCGGUGGCUCCCACUUUAGACGAGUUAAAGGAGUUGUUACAAAAGGCACAUAAAGAACUGGAGAUAGCACAACUUAAUAGUAUUAUGUUUGAGGAUAAAGCUCAAAGGAUAUCGGAAGCAGCAAUUGCGCUAAAGGACAAAGCUUUAAACGCAUGGGACGAUGUUAAUUCGGCUUUAAUAUCGAUCGAAGAGAUCGUGAAAGAAGAGGGCCCCGUUAAAGAAUCUAUUAAGAGAGCCAAAAUGGCCCUUUCUUUAGCUGAAGCUAGGCAUCAAGUGGCCCUUGAAAGCGAAAAUGGAAAUUUGAAUUCGUUGGAAGAAGAAGAAGCUCUGCUAGCUGCACAGAAGGAUAUGAAGGAGUGUAGUGCGAAAUUGGAAGAUUGUGAAAAAGCGUUAAUUCGGUUACAAAACAGAAAAGAUGAGGUGCAAAAAGAAGUUGUUACGCUGAACGAUCUUGCAGAGAAAGCACAAACGGAUGCGUUAAAAGCCGAAGAAGACGUGGCUAACAUAAUGCUUUUAGCAGAAGAAGCUGUUGCUCUUGAACUCGAGGCUUUGAAACGUGUCAAUGAUGCUGAAAUUGCGCUACAAAAAGCUGAAAAGGUUCUUGUCAUUUCCCUUGCGGAUACUUCUAAAAGUACGGUUUCAGAUGGGGAAACACUCAGUGACGAAAACGCACUUGACGUGAAUUCAGAUGAAGUCAUUGCUGACAAAGACUGUGAUGCAGCAAUCGAAGAUCCAUUGAGUGGACCCGUACAAGAUAACGGGUCAAGUUUUGUUGGUCAGAUGUCGGAAGAGUCUAGAUUUUCUGAUGACAGUGAUAAAGGGAAUGAACAAACCGUUAAAGACACCGAAAGUGAUAUAGAAAAAACGAAAAAUGUGGUUCAAACAAAGAAACAAGAAACACAAAAGGAUUUUACAAAGGACAGCUCACCAUCAUCUUCACCAAAAGCAUUACUGAUGAAAUCGUCUCGUUUCUUACCUGCAUCUUUUUUCUCAUUGGAAGGAGAUGGUACUGAAUUUACACCAGCUGCAGUAUUUCAGGAGCUUGGUGAAUCCGUAAAAAAGAAUUUACCGAAACUGUUAGUUUCGUCUUUGCUUGUUGGUGCAAGUUUUGCUUUCUACGCUAAACGAGAAGAACGGAUUGGUAAAAUAUUUCAGCAGCCAAACAUUAUAACUACGAAUCUCGAUGAAGUCUCAUCAAAUGCUCAGCCAUUGGUCAGACAGAUUCAAAAAUUACCUGAAAAAGUUAAAAAAAUAAUUGAAAUGCUUCCACACCAAGAGAUUAAUGAGGAAGAAGCUUCUCUUUUUGAUGUGUUGUGGUUAUUGCUUGGCAGUGUAAUAUUUGUUCCUAUAUUUCAGAAACUUCCUGGAGGAAGUCCUGUUCUUGGGUAUUUGACUGCUGGCAUCCUGAUUGGACCUUAUGGUCUCUCAAUUAUACGUAACGUUCAUGCAACAAAAGCAAUAGCCGAAUUUGGAGUCGUUUUCCUGCUUUUCAAUAUCGGCCUUGAGCUUUCUGUUGAAAGGCUGAGUUCCAUGAAGAAAUAUGUUUUUGGAUUGGGUUCUGCUCAGGUGUUGGCGACAGCUGUCGUGAUAGGAUUGAUUGCCCAUUUUGUAUGUGGACAGCUUGGACCUGCUGCAAUUGUCAUCGGUAAUGGUUUGGCGUUAUCUUCUACAGCAGUUGUUCUGCAGGUAUUGCAGGAGCGGGGGGAAAGCACUUCACGUCAUGGACGGGCCACAUUUUCUGUUUUACUUUUCCAGGAUUUAGCUGUUGUUGUUUUGCUGAUUCUCAUACCUCUUAUUUCACCAAAUUCAUCUAAAGGAGGGAUUGGCUUCUAUGCGAUUGCUGAAGCUCUUGGAUUGGCUGCUGUAAAGGCACUUGUUGCUAUCAGUGCCAUUAUUGCUGGAGGACGGUUGUUGCUUCGACCAAUUUACAAGCAAAUAGCAGAGAUGAAAAAUGCAGAAAUAUUUUCUGCAAAUACGCUUUUAGUUAUUCUGGGUACUAGUCUUCUUACUGCCCGUGCUGGCCUUUCAAUGGCACUUGGAGCUUUUCUUGCCGGUUUGCUACUUGCAGAAACCGAAUUCUCUUUACAAGUCGAAUCAGAUAUUGCUCCAUAUCGUGGUCUUCUAUUAGGCCUCUUCUUCAUGACGGUUGGAAUGUCUAUCGAUCCAAAACUUCUUGUGUCAAACUUUCCCGUUAUUAUGGGGUCAUUAGGGCUUCUAAUUGCUGGGAAGACCAUAAUGGUAGCUGUCGUUGGUAGACUUUUUGGUGUUUCAUUAAUAUCCACAAUUAGAACCGGUCUUUUACUUGCACCUGGUGGAGAAUUUGCAUUUGUUGCAUUUGGUGAAGCUGUUAAUCAGGGUAUAAUGACUCCUCAGUUAUCUUCUUUAUUGUUUCUUGUGGUUGGAAUUUCAAUGGCCCUUACACCAUGGUUAGCUGCUGGUGGCCAAUUUAUAGCAUCUAAUUUUGACCAGCAUGAUGUCCGUAGUUUAUUACCUGAUGAGAGUGAGACAGAUGAUUUACAAGAUCAUAUCAUUAUAUGUGGGUUCGGACGUGUUGGCCAGAUCAUCGCCCAGCUUCUUUCCGAAAGACUGAUUCCGUUCGUUGCUCUUGACGUGAAUAGUGAUCGAGUAUCAGUGGGACGUGCACUUGACCUACCUGUGUAUUUUGGUGAUGCUGGUAGUCGAGAGGUGUUGCAUAAAGUUGGUGCUCAUAGAGCUUGUGCUGCAGCUAUAACAUUAGAUUCACCUGGUGCAAAUUAUAGAACCGUUUGGGCUCUCAACAAGUAUUUCCCUAACGUCAAGACGUUUGUGCGUGCUCAUGAUGUUGAUCAUGGGAUCAAUUUGGAAAAGGCUGGGGCUACCGCGGUUGUGCCUGAGACCCUAGAACCAAGCUUACAGUUAGCAUCUGCUGUUCUUGCACAAGCUAAAUUGCCAAUGUCGGAGAUAGCAGCCACUAUCAACGAGUUCAGAUCUCGCCACCUGUCAGAGCUUACAGAGCUGUCGGAAACAAGUGGAAGUUCUCUUGGUUAUGGUUUCUCUCGGAUCAUGUCGAAACCUAAAUCUUCUGCAGAUUCUUCUUCUGAUGAUAACCAGAUCAGUGACGGAGCACUUGCAAUAUAAACUAAAAACCGAACAAAGUGAAAAAAAAAAAAAGAGAAGUAGAAGAAUAAAAAGGAUUUUUUAAUGGAGUGGGUAACAAUCCAUUGCCCCUCCAGUACAAAUUGUACAGAAACAUACAGCUGAAAUUGUUCUUCAUUGCUACAUGAAACAACAGCCUUUAGUCCAUUUAACUUUUUAUUAUCAUUAAAUUAAACUAUAAUAUAAUUUUCAACC